AUGUCCCAACAAGCUCCAAGAUCUUGGUCCUCAUCUUCAACCAAACCAACUCAAGUACCUCUGCCACAUUUCUAUGAGUAUGAAUGGCGAGUCAUUUGUCAAAAAUUAACUCCCUUCGCGACCAACAAAUCUUGCAUACAAUCGAUCCAUGAGUUCAUUCAACUUGUUAAAGAGUUAGAUCAAGCAAUUCGAGAAUGUCAUCAAGAACACGUUUCCGAAACUACUGAAGAGUUGGAAAGUUCAACAAAUUAUCAUUUUCACAACCUUUCAUUUCUUUUCAAGAAGGAUGGUAAAGGAGAACUGAAAUUUUGUAAACAAAUCUUUCCGAAUAUUGUGAAAUGGGCAUUACAAGUUCAAGAUUUAAUUCCUGAAGGUUAUUUACCAAUUUUAGAAAUCUCAAACCCAUGUGACUUCUGUCUAAGUAGAAGAAAAAUUCGAUCUGUUUUGAGUUGUGCUUUUUUGUGCUUGUUUAGAAAAAGGAAAGGUAUUCAUCAUCCAAAGUGUCAUGAUUUUGAAUUUGGUCUAUUUUUGAGUGUCGCUUGCUCGACCUUCCUCUCGUCACUCAUCAAUUACUUUGACAAGCAUUAUGAAUGGGAGCAAUCGUUAAGAAAUGACUCAAUUCUUGAUGAGGUUAUGAUUAUCGAAAGAAGAGUAUUACAAAUGAACAGUUUUGAAAAUAGUCCAUGGAUGAACGAUCAACGAUCAAUGAUUCCUCUCAAAUUCGUCUCUGGAAAAAUUCAAGACAAUUUGGACACUCUUAUGGUAGAUUUUGCUAAUUGCAUGAUUGGCGGUCAUGUCUUAUCUGGUGCCGUUGCACAAGAGGAAAUAAUGUUUGCAGAAAUACCUGAAUUAUUUAUUUCAAUUUUAGUGUGCCCCCAAAUGCAGCCCAACGAAACCAUUCGCUUAGUGGGUUGGCAACGAUAUUCCAAUAUUAAGGGUUACAUUCGAAAUAUGUCUUUCGAAGACUAUGAAGACAAACAGCCCAUCAUGGUUGAGAAUGUGAAAAGUAAUCAACUCAUUGCAAUGGAUGCUUUACAAGGAAUGGGACAUAUGCAAUUCCAAAAAGAGUACAUGACAAGAGAUCUCCUCAAAGCUGUCUGUGGAUUUGCAUUGAAGUCUUCCGAUAAUCUUUUACAGCAAACGAAUGGUGAGAAUUGUGAAUAUUCAAAAGUUCUCUCAAAAAUUAAUGACAAGAUACCGUUGGCAUCAGGAUUCUGGGGAUGUGGGAUGUUUGGAAAUGAUCGAUAUCUAAAAGUGAUUCAGAGUUGGUUGGCAGCAACUAUUUGCGAUCGUCCAUUGAUCUAUAUUCAUACCUUUUCACCAAAUGACGCUAAAAUUGAAGAGGAAUUUAACACAAAAGUCGUCCCAGCCAUUGUUGAGCGCUCUGUAAAACUUAGAGAAUUACUUUCUUACGUGUUGAUGGAAUUUCCAAAGGAGAAGAGAGAACAUCCAGAGUUGACUUUAUUUGAGGCCAUCCAACAAAAGUUUGGGCGUUAA